GAUCCGAUCUUGCCUGCACUCGUAUAAAUAGCUGACACUUGACUUGGCCCUCGUAUAGUCAAUGCGAAAUGGGCUCGAGCACUGGAACUUGGAUCUUACUGGGCCUGGUGGCCGGCAUUGCGUCUCUAGCUAGCGCUGCAAAUAUUCAACGAAGCGACGGCCAGUCGAUUUAUCAAAACAAUGGACACACUUUUCUAACCAGUGGAGCUGGACAAAUCAUCCGUGGACCCGAUGGCAAAACCGUCCUGAUAGGAUCCGAUGGCAGCCAGAUUGUGGCAAACGAUUCCGACGAAGAUGACUCUCUGGAUUUAGAUGAUGGAAGUCACAACCACAACAGCAACAACAUAAUCAUCAAUGGAGAGAGAUCCACAAUUAUUCAGAAUGAUGGAAACAGCAUUUUGUACGGUAGCGCAAAUGAGGGAAGUCAAAUGAGCCUCAAUGGACGCACUGUGCGGGUCAUAAAUGGAGGUCUUGAGCUGAAUGAAAAUGGACAGGUCUACACCUUCCGACCCAAGGCACGGAGCGAGAACCAAAAGGAAACCGUGAAUAUCAACGGUAAGCCAGCUCAAGUGGAUUACUCUAAUGGUGAUAUAGUCAUCGAGUUGGCCGAUCACACGGUGGUCGCCAAAGUAGGAGAUCGUACCUUCCUGGGCGAUCGGAACUCCUUCGAUAAUCGCGACAAGAUAGAGGCAGAGUCCCAGAAAGAAGCCCGCCGCAUCCAGGAAGAGAUUCACGCAAAUAUUAAGAAAUCAAUGGAUGAACUCCACGCCCACCUCCAGAGCACUCUGGGCAACAUGUUUCACUAAUGGGAAAAUGUAACCAAGUGUACGAUAGUCGCGUCGCUCGAAUAAAGCGAAUUUUAAGCAUUUA